AAAGUAGUCAUCGGGCGAUAAAAAUAUUAUGGCAAGUUAACGCUCGCAUGCGACGGCCAGCGUUCCUCCUGCCUGUCUAUGGCCAGACUAUUAAGAAGUCAGGCCACUGCACUGGCAGCAGAUCUCUUUGAGGGUUGAUGGCGGCAACGAUAAUGACGGUGUCGGUGAAACUGGUCUUCGGGAGGAAGGGUGCGGCGAACCAUGGCAUCAUCCACCAGGACUCUCUCUCGGUGGUUUACCAUCGACGAGCCUGAGCGAUGCUCCACGUCACCGAUGCAUUAUUGAGCCUGGGAACCCUACAGGUGGCCGGGCAUCCUGUUAGAACGAGAAAGACCGUGGCAGAGCCGGGCCGAGGCCCUCGACAAAGAGGGAACUCUCGCCGGCGAAAGGGACAUGGAGAACGAAGAGUUUCAGGAAAGCAUGGAGGACAGUAGCCGGGGUGAGAGUUUGUGCAAAGUUUGCGGCGACAAAGCAUCCGGCAAGCAUUACGGAGUACCGAGUUGCGACGGAUGCCGUGGCUUCUUUAAGCGGUCGAUCCGCAGGUAUGCGAGAAACCUGGAUUACGUCUGCAAGGAGAACGGUCGCUGUAUCGUGGACGUUUCUCGUCGUAAUCAGUGCCAGGCAUGUCGGUUUACCAAGUGCCUUCAGGUCAACAUGAAACGAGAUGGUACGCUUCGUUUCUACGCGGUGCAGCACGAAAGAGCUCCACGAAAUACGUCGUCCCUGGUCGCAGCCGCGAGAAGAGGUCCGUCGGUAUUAUAUCCUGGAAUCCCACACGUUUACCACGCGGCGAGCAACCCUUACCAUCCCCUUCUGUAUCCUGCGCUAUUUCCCUUCAAGCCGACAAUGUCGGCCUUUACACCAUCGGUCGCACAUUUUUUGCCACGUUCACCGACAGAGCCGUUAACAGUGAACACAGCUAAAGAGGACGAGGUGACGAGUUCCGAGGAGGCUGGACCGAUCGAAACGAGAAUCGAACCAAAGGAGGAACUCGCAAGCGCUCGUCUAGCACCGUCGGUUACGAACUCUGGAGCAACAGAAUAUAUAUCUAGCUUCUCUAUUUUACCCACGGAGAACAUCUACGAAUUUGCGGCGAAAUUACUCUUCUUUGCUGUCAGAUGGGCGAGAAGCAUCCAUUCGUUCUUACAACUACCCUACAGGGACCAAACUAUCCUACUGGAAGAAUCUUGGAGCGAGCUUUUCGUGUUGACCGCCGCGCAGUGGAACUUUCCAGUCGAAGAAUCCGCUUUGGUACCGAACGAUUUAUCAUCCGAAAGAAAAGAGACGCUCGUCGACGAAGUAAGGAAGCUGCGAGAGUUACUGGCAAAAUGUGCUCUCCUCAGGGUCGAUCAUUCGGAAUACGCCUGCUUGAAGGCCAUAGUUCUCUUCAAAGGAGAAUCGCGAGGACUGUGUGAACCAGGGCGAAUAACAGCGUUACAAGAACAAACGGUAGCUGUAUUCUGUGAGAGGGAUGCACGGAGGGUUGGACGACUUUUGCUGCUGUUACCGCCUGCACGCGCGCUUUGUCGAUCAAUCUUGCAAGAAUUGUUGUUCAAGCCGACGGUAGGGGAUGUCAGCGUGGAACGAUUAUUGGGCGACAUGGUCAGUGCACUGAGGCCGACAUAACGCCAAUUCGACUCGGUCGGUACGAUACUCUUGGGGCAAGCUACCAAUUUAUAUCAACAAUUGCUACAAAGACAAUUGCAACUUUUUUGGAGGAACGAUCGUUUCCAAUGAUUCCAGUGAGAUUUCGGCGUUUUACUGUUCGCUAUUUCUUUUCAAAUCACAAGGAGACGAGGAGUAGUAGUACCGAUGCAUCGACCGUUUUCACGUCGAUAAAGAAGAUUUUUCAUAGAAAUCGAAAGUCGGCGGAAUAAUUCGAAAAGUAUUAAACGUUUACGUAAAAUCUAGUCAAUUCUUUCCUAUGCGUAUUGUAAAUUACAAUCUGACACUGUUAAGUCUAACUGCGACCUGUACAUAUACGUAUUAGAAGUAAGCGUUCCAUAAUAUAUUAGCGAAGUGAAACGUUGCUCUUUUAUUACAAAACUGUAUUUUUUCUUUUCUCCUUCUUUUUUCUUUUUUUCCAUCUUUAUCGACAAAUUAAAAAUAUCUCGCUCGUUAAUCGUAAGAUGCAUUUCCUGAACCAUUUUCGAUAUAUACAGGUAGAUUCGUGAACUUGUCAAAGAUUGCGGGAAGACUUGGGGACAGGCGGAGUUCAUUCACGAACGAAGAGAAUGUGUGAAAUCGAAAGACACUGACAGAUUGUAGGCGACGCGAUUGUUCGGUUUAUUUCAGCAAAACGCUCAGAAUUUUUGAAACGUUUAUUUCCACAUCACAACAAUAAAAUUCGUUUACAGAGUGUAUGGGCAUUCGCGACGUUAAAUAAAAGUUACUCUUAUGGAUGAUCAUCGGGAAGAUUGGCAUCAAAGAAAAAAAAGAGACACUAACGCACACCGUAAUUUCUUUUUUUUUUUUUUUAUUAACUAGAAUAAUUUAUUUUUUUCAUUGUAGAAAAAGGAGAAUGUAUCUUAACUCAUGGACUGCAUUGUACUCAUAUAUAUAUAUACAUAUAUAUACAAUUACAUACAAUCCUCAAUUAAAUGUUACACAUAAAUUCAUUAUAGAUUGAUUUCUUAUUAUUUUUUCGUCCUUGUGUGGCUUGCUUGUGUGUUUGUGUAUGUAAAACAUAUUCAACCCGAAAGCGACAACUGUCGCUUCUUUUCCAUUUUCUUUUCCUCUUGUUUCAUUGCCCGGAAUACGUACGACGAUAAAAAAAAAAAAUUUCCCUCGGUUAUCCUGUUAGAUGUAGGUUGUAGAGUGGAAAAAAAGUAGCUCCGAGUGCUAUGAAUUCGUUCGUUUUUUUUUUUUUCAGUUCUUUUGCCUUUUUUUAUCCGUGGACUAAGACAAGGACGGAGAGACAGGGAAAUUGGAAGGUACGGGAUGGACAGACGAGGGAAGACGAAAACAAGAAGUACAAGGUGGAAGGUAACGUUGAAAACGGUAACAAUGGAAGAUCUCGCACAGAUCGAUCGAAGAACGAUGUCGACGAACGAAUAAAAAUGGGAAAACGUUUCCGAUGUCCGGGAAUAGAAAUGGGAAAAAUGGAUCGGCGAUUAGGAACUUCUUUGUUUUCCCUUUCUUUCUUCUUUCUUUCUCUGGAUAUUAUUCCGGGAAUCGCUGGAAAUCGUGGCAAGAUCCAACGGUACGAAAGAGAAUUUCGAAAAAGUACGACCGUCGUGUUUUCGUUUUUUUCUUUCUGCGAAUUUGAGAUACGAGCUCGGACAUAAGAAAAGAAAGAAACGGGAAAAUUUUACACUGGCUACUCUUCGCUCUUUUUUUCCAUCUCCUUUCUUUUUCUUUUCUGACCGUCCUGAAACACGUUUAAACUACUUUUCCUGAACUCGGAGGACGUAUCAUCCCACCCUCUAUCUCUGUUUGACACGUUCCUUAGUUUUCCUUCGGCUUGUUUGCGGUAUCUAAAAACGCGUAAUAUUAUGCGCGUUUACGAUGAAACUGGGGGACAAAAAAAAAAAAAAAGAAAGAAAAAAACGAAUGAAGAAAGUCCUUUUACCUGCGUUGAAAUCUAUCUAUUUUAUGAGGUGUGUCCAGCUUUUCGUUUUCCUUUUUUUUUCUAUAUUUUACUCGUUUUAGGAAUAACUGAUAAUAUUUAUUAGUAAUACCGUUCUCCUUUCCUCUCUCGCGUAACGCGCUUACAUUCAAAUAGACUUUUAUUUCGAGAGUUACACACAUUUAAUAAAAUUUCGCUAUUAAGCAAAUCGGUCUCGCUGCGUUUGUCGUUCGUUUGCGUGUGGGUGUGUUCUUUUUUCCCUCAAUUCACCAUUACUACUCCCUUUUUCUCUCAUCUAUAAUAUUACUUUAUUUAUCUUUAUUUUUAAUUACGUUUUAUCAUCUUUAUUUGUGAGGAAUUGUUCUCGUCGAGCGUAUCGCUCGCUGAUGAUCACGGUGCAUCUUCGCUCACGCGCGCGCUUCAACAUCGAUUUCUCUCGCUCUUCGUUCCCCGUAAUUUUCUUAAUUAAUAAUAGAAUAAGAAUAAUAACAAUACGAAUAAUAAUGGUAAUAGUAGUAGUAGUAGUAGUAGUAGUAGUAGUAGUAGUAGUAGUAGUAGUAGUAGUAGUAGUAGUAGUAGUAGUAAGUAGUAGUAGCGUAGUAGUAGUAAGUAGUAGUAGUAAUGUAGUAGUAGUAAUAAUGAUAAUAAUUAAAAAGCGAUAAAUUUUGUGGAGACACGAAGGGAAGGAAGCAUACACGAAUUUUCCCUUUUUUUUUCUUCCGCGAAAAGCAAACACACGAAAAGUGAUUUUUCUCGUUCUCUUGCGAACUUUCGAAUUUUCGAUGGCACGAACAAAACGGUAGCUUUGUCCGCGCGUUCAGCCAAAAGAAAGAAAAGCGACGUUAGCUGGCGCAUGAGCGUUACAAAAUGAAAAAGACGCGCGUACAUCGGCGUCUCGCCCGAUUUUUCCUGUAUCUUUUCAACCAGUAGCGCGAAUCGAAUUCACAUAAUAUGCCCAUUAUUAAUGUCGUUUCGUUUAAUUUUCGUUACCUUUUCAAAAUCCAUUUUCGUUUCUUUAUCUUCUUCUUUUUUCUUUUUCUUUUUUUUCAUCUUUCCGUUCACUUUUUCUCCCGUGUUCGCGUUUAUAUUAUACCCACGAUGACAAAAAUCGUCGAUUCUUAAUUACAUUUACUUCUUUUUUAUCUUCUUCGUUCUCUUUAAAAAAAAAAAAAAGAAAAAAAAAGAAAAGAGACAAAAAAACAACACAACGGCAUUUCUACUAUUCCCAUUCUAUUUUAACGCUAAUAUGUAGGACAAAAAACUAACAGAUUUCGGUAUAAUAACAAAUCAUCGUCCACCGAGCCCGAGACGAGUCCGCGAGUCGCCGAGCAACCGAUCGAUCCAUAUAACCGUUUUCUUCUCUUUUUCUCUCUCUCUCUCUCUCUCGUUCUUUUGUCUGCAAACUUUCGCGCGCCUAAAAUCCACCUUCUCAGCGAUUCUCUCUCUCUCUCUCUCUCUACCCUGUGUCUUGUUCUCGGCGGUUCUCUGGACGCUCUCGGGCAAUUCGGCGCGACGAAAUAUAACAGGUUGUUUGCUCUGACGACCGUAGAGUGCCUCGUUUCUCGUCCAUCUCUUCCGCUCCGACGAUGGACACAACAGAGAAAAAAAAAAAAAGAAGUUAGAAAUCCGUCGAAGCCUACACGCCUCCCUAUCGACGUUCCGACUCUCGUUGUUUUCUCUUCCUCUACGCCCGUAAUCGAUAAUCACGCAUUUACAAUAAUAAUCCUGUCUUUACAGUUCUAUAUUAUAGAAUUAUUAAUAUCUUUACUUCGCAGAAGUCGUAUUACGAGAAACCCCGCUGGCUACCGGAUACGAGACGACACCUUUUUAUUGCUGUCGAGAUGGUUUUUCGAAGGUUGGCAGUGACGCGUGCUAGUUAACGAUUCCAUCAACUAUCCCAACGGAUACCGUUACCAUGUCCGACAACGUUCGUUACGUCUCGUUCGUUUAAACAAAUAAAGACGAGCAUCGAACGAUCGAACGAUAGGAUCCGUUUUGUUCGGCUUGCGCAUCCGAUCGGCAGGUUCUCGAGGCACGAUGUAUCAGGAUAUAUUUCUUAACUGUGUACGAUUAUUUCGGCUUUCUACGGUUUGUUGAUAAAAAACGGCGAAGGGCGGAGGGGGCGACGGCGUAGGAAGAGAAACAGGUAACGUUCAACGAGACUCGGGCAUCUUCGUAUCGAUAGGAGGCAAAACGUGGUUCGAACGUGUGGAGGUGAUCGUCGAGAAACGAGAAACUCUAGCUACUUCACACUAUGUACAUUCAGAAAGGAGAGCCUCCGGCGAGCAGCAACGGGCGAGAAUCGCGAAAAAAUAAAAAUGGAGGUCUCGCGCGUUGUUUCGACGGAAAGGCCCUCCGCCUCGACAGAGCUCGCGAAUACAAUAAUUCUAUUUCAUAAUUGUUUUAUCAUCGCUAUUUCACGUUCAACUAUUUCCUAUUGUAGAAAGGGGGAGGGGGUCUGUGGAUAGGGUUGGGGACAUUUCUCUUGCUGGAUUAUUCCUUACUGUUUUGCGAUCUUCCUCUCUCUCUCUCUCUUUCUUUCUCUCUCUCUCUCUCUCUCUCACUCUCUCGCGCGCGACUUACUUCUCCUUUUCUUUUUAUUAUUAUUAUUAUUAACCAUCGAGUAUAUGUAUAAUAUUAUAUCUAUAUAUAUAUCUUUCCUAUCUGUGCUGUUGCUUUCGAACUCGUCCACGUCCCAUGCGAAACGAGCGAAGGAAACGAAACAGAUCGAACAAAGACCGUAGAACUUGGGAUUCGUCCGAUCGAAUCGAUCGACGAGGAUUAUAUAUAUAUUUAUAGAGAGAGAGCAACUGUACAUGUUUACGAUGCUAUCUGUUUGCGAGACGUAAGAAUUGAAAUAUCCACGGUUGAAAUUCUCCGUGCAAAGAUCAGUGAUUACAACGUGGUAACGUUGUGACUGCGGUCUCUCCUCGUUCGCGUCGAUUACGAUCGUGCAAAAUCUCCAUGCGCGUAUCAAACGUCAACGACACGAUGCAACAGCUAUAUAUCGUCGUUUUACACGCAUGAUUAUCGGAAGAAAGAAAUCUCUAACUGGGUUUUCCCUAUGCGUGUGUGUACAUCACAAUGGUGUUGUGAGAUGGCAAAAAAAAAAAAAGAAA